AUGGCGGUAAAAGAGAAUUUUAUCUCUUUCUUGACUCAACUGGAAGAUGACAACUCCCCACUGGCCAGCAGCUUGCAUAUGGAGCGUACAACACUGGUUCAACUGCAGCAACAGGUGGUACAGCUGUGCCAGCAAAGAGAUAGUAUCAAACAACAGUUGGAAAUGAGUACCAAGCAGCUGGAAUUGGUGAAGAAUAAAUCAGGAAUCAUUGAGGAGGCACCAAAGCUUGACUUUUGUCAACAGAAGAAACUUCUGGAAGAACUUUUAGACAUUUAUGGCCUCAUGGGUAUACAAGUUUGCUACAGUAAGAAGAAUAAUGUGCUGUUGAAGUUUACCUCAACCAGUGAUGGACUUUACCGGUGUACCUACAGCUUGGAACUUCAUGUUUCUGAUAAAAAAAUUGAUGUAGAUAGCUACGAUUUACCACCUUUCAUUCCUAUGGACAAGAUUUUAAGCAAAAAGAGCUUCAAUGUUAAUGAUAUCUGCAGUAUCACGAAAGAAAUCUCAAACUAUUUACAUGCCUACACUGUUAGGGACAAAGAUAUCCAUGAUAUUCAGGAACUGUAUGGGCCCACUGUUCUAUCCUGCUUGCAAUGUUCUUUGGCUCGAGAGCUUGUAUCUUUUAAAUUGGUUAAGCAUGAUUGCGCUCUUGACUGCAAACUUUCCUACCUGGACUUGUUGGCUGUUAAACCAGAUGAGAUAUCUGUUCAGUGUACUGACUUAGCUCUUCGAUAUUCAAAUAAAUGGUUGCAUCAUUUCCAAGAAAGCAGUGGAAUGUCACUUGCGAAAAUGAAGUUACCUUUGGCGAUCAAUUCCAUCUUGCAAGCGAUUGACGUUGCUGCAGCCGAAUCUCAUAACUACAGAGAAUUCAACAGCAUUUCUAACAAUAGUGAAGAUGAAUCAAAAUGA